AGAGCGGCGCUGCUCAGCUCCUGAUGGUGGAUUAGCCACAAUAGACUGCAGACUGCAGCUCCGCAAUUGGGAGAGCUCGUCACUGCCAACUCGCUCCUUCAUGCAUGGAUUCCUUUCUUCGGUGACUUUCAUUUUGUAUUUUUUUGCAUUCGAGCCUGUUCUCCACGUUGAAAUCUCAGGGGAAAGGUCAGCGUGGAUCGAAUGAUAAGUCACAGGCGAGUCGACGGAUUCUUGGCCCUUUUAUCCAAGCAUGUUCAAGACGGCGCACUACCCCGACGUGGACCCCUCACCCACAAUCAUGCACGGCACCUGGCUCGCUUCCUCCACCAUGGGCUGCGUGCACGCCCCCUCUCCCGUGGCCGUGGAGAAACCCAAAAAGAACGCUUUCAGCUUGGCCAAAAUCAUGUCUCUGGGCGGCAAGAAGGGCUCCCACGGAGGGAACGCGCACUACAACAACAACAACAACACGCCCUUCGCCAUCCACUGUCACAUCGGCAAGGAGAUUAAGCACAUUUGCAGCAACUGCAGCCGAGGGAACGACACGCAGGACGCUGAGGAAGUCGAAAGGCUUGCCGGGAUGCGAGCCGAAUCCUUGGUUUCUCCUCCCAUCCGUUGUCGGAGCAGGCUCGCUACUUUGGGACGCCUCCUCAAGCCCUGGAAAUGGAGGAAAAAUAAGAGUGACAAGUUCAAGCAGACUUCAGCCGCCCUGGAGAGAAAGAUGUCUGUGCGACAGAGUCGAGAUGAACUGAUCAAGAGAGGAGUGCUGAAGGAGAUAUUUGAAAAAGCAACUGUUGAGUUCCGAUCUUCGGUGGAUGGCGGCGUCUGCACUCAGGAGCCUUUACCCAAGCAGUCCAUGAUCAGGGGCCCCAAGAAGUCUGUCACCUAUCCAGGUGACCUUCAGGAUAACCAAGCUGCUAAGCCGCCAAUGUAUCAUAAGCAGCCUCCUGCUCUCCCUCCCAAGCCUUUUUCGCGGAUCCCAAACCAUAGCACAGAUUCUUGCCAGCCAAUGAAUUUGCUCUGCAUGCCUGGGACAAAGCACUCGCCGCCGCUCCCUCCCAAGAAAGUCAUGAUUUGCAUGCCUGCAGGGGGACUGGACUGCUCCACUUCCCCGUCUCCGUCACCCAACGCCCUUAGUGUGCUCUCCCAAAAGUGUGCCCCCAGCCAGGUCAUGCCAAGCCACCACAGCACCCUGUUGCCCUCACAGCUUGCUGCUCUUCAUCAGAACCACGGCCACCCUCUCCAGCUGCAGUACGGCAGCUUGCACGCUCCCAGCCGCAUCAUCGAGGAGCUCAAUAAAGCCCUGGCACUGUCCAUGCAGAGGUUUGAGAGUUCUGUGUUACACGGUGGCAGCCAGUGUUCUCCUCUGGACAGAAGAGAAGUGCCAUCUGUGAUUAUCGACUAUGAGGAUGAUAAGGAGAACAUGCCCAACGAGUCGGACUAUGAGGAUUUGCCCAGCAUGUAUAAGGAUGAGGACGACGUAGAUGAUGACGACGACGAUGAAGACGACGACUCUAUAUUUACAAGCACGCUGGCUCAGAAGGUUCUUCGUAAAGACUCUCUCGCCAUCAAACUAAGCAACCGUCCAUCAAAGAGGGAGUUGGAGGAGAAGAAUAUCCUGCCAGUGCAGACGGACGAGGAGAGGCUGGAGUCCAGGCAGCAGAUCGGCACCAAACUCACAAGGCGCUUGAGUCAAAGGCCGACAGCAGAGGAGCUGGAACAAAGGAACAUCCUCAAACCCCGCAAUGAGCAAGAGGAAGUCGAGGAGAAGAGGGAGAUAAAGCGACGGCUGACUCGAAAGCUGAGCCAGAGGCCCACCGUGGAACAGCUGAGACAAGCCAAAAUCCUCAUCCGAUUCAGUGAUUAUGUGGAGGUCUCAGAUGCCCAGGACUACGACCGGCGGGCGGAUAAGCCCUGGACCCGUCUUACAGCAGCUGACAAGGCGGCUAUACGAAAAGAGCUCAAUGAUUUCAAGAGCAAUGAGAUGGCGGUGCACGAGUCAAGUCGUCAUUUAACCAGGUUCCACAGACCAUAGUAGACCAUUGUUAUGGUCAAGCAGUGCUGUAGAACCUUAAGUGCUGGACAGUCAAAUGGUGCCCGUUUUCUUGAAUAAGGCCAUGUCUUCAGAAAUGCCUUCCCCCCGCCCCCCCACGCA